ACAGUAGAUAAAAAAAACUGGGAUUUGAUUCGUGACGAAUUCAUUGUUGCGCUUGAUUGAGAUAUGUCUCGGCUACCGGAGACUUAAUCAAUGUACAGAUUGCUGUAAUAUUAAACAACAUAGUGUUUCUGAUCGGGCUCAGUCACCUCCGCUUACGUACGUUGUUUGCGUAAAUCACAUUCACGUACGGUGGAAUACCGUAGAAUACAGCUGCAGUAACUACUGUAAACUUCAGUGUGUUUUUGGAACUGAAAACCCGAGCAGUGAAACACACUUGCAAUGCAAAUAUUUGGGUGCUGAAGUGCCAUCUUAUUGUCAUAUCCAUGAUGUCAAAUUAGAGUCACGUCCAUAUCCACAGCGUGAGAUCAGCCCAGCCUGGCUCGAGAACAUUUAAAACGUUUUGAAGAUGGGGACACUUGGUAUCUUGCCAUCCAAAUGUCAAACCAUGCUCAGUUUUUCAAGGCUAGCUACAUGUCAGUUCUACAGACAUAAGGCAACUCUUCCUCAGAACUUCACGGACUAUGAGAGCAUCAAACAAAACUACAACCCCCAGAUUCCAAAGUAUUUCAACUUUGCAAAGGAUGUUCUUGACGUGUGGGCAGAGAGAGAGAAGAGUGGAGAGAAACCAACCAACCCCGCUCUGUGGUGGGUGAAUGACAGGAGGGAAGAGAUCCGAUGGAGUUUUGAGGAGUUAGGGUUCCAUUCCAGAAGACUGGCUAACGUUCUGUCGGGCCCCUGCGACCUCACCAAGGAGGACCGUGUGUUCCUCAUCCUCCCGAAGGUUCCAGAGUGGUGGCUGGUCAACGUCGCCUGUCUCCGGACGGGUACAGUCCUGCUACCAUGCACCGCUCAGCUGACAGCCAGGGACAUCCUCCACAGGCUGCAGAGCUCCAGGGCCCGCUGUGUGGUCACAGACGAGUCUCUGGCCCCCCUCCUGGACUCUGUGGCCCCUCAGUGCCCCUCCCUGCAGGCCAGGAUACUGGUGUCCCACAGGAGGAGAGAGGGCUGGAUGAACUUUGGAGAUCUGUUGAGUAAUGUCUCCAGUGACCAUGUGUGUGUGGAGACUGGCAGUGAGGACCCGAUGACCAUCUUCUUCACCAGUGGGACGACAGGCUCCCCUAAGAUGACCCAGCACAGCCACUCCAGCUAUGGCUUAGGCCUCACAGUCAACGGAAAGUACUGGUUGGACCUGACAGAAAAGGACAUCUUGUGGAACACGUCUGAUACGGGCUGGGCCAAGUCAGCGUGGAGCAGUGUGUACGCCCCCUGGACUCAGGGCUCCUGUGUGUUCGUACAUCACAUGCCCCGCUUCGACAGCUCCACCGUCCUGCAGACACUGUCCAACUAUCCUAUAUCUACAUUCUGUACUGCUCCCACUGCAUACCGGAUGCUCGUACAACAUGACAUAUCCAGAUACAGCUUCCAGGCCUUGCAGCAUUGUCUGUGUGCAGGAGAGCCAAUCAACCCAGAGGUGAUGGCCAAAUGGAAGGAGACCACAGGAUUGGACAUUUAUGAAGGAUAUGGACAAACUGAAACGGUUCUGAUAGCUGGUACCUUCAAGGGGAUGAAGAUCAAGCCCGGCUCCUUCGGAAAGGCGUCUCCCCCUUAUGAUGUGCAGGUAGUGGAUGAAGCUGGUGAAGUCCUGCCCAGAGGAGAGGAGGGGAACCUGGGAAUCAGAGUGAAACCACACAAGCCCUUCUCUCUAUUCACUGAAUACACGGGGGACCCUGAGCGUACAGCUGAGUGCUACAGAGGGGACUUCUACCUGACAGGGGACAGGGGCUUCAUGGACGAGGACGGCUACCUGUGGUUUGUGGGCCGGGCCGAUGAUGUCAUCCUGUCAGCUGGGUACAGGAUUGGUCCGUUUGAAGUGGAGAACGCUCUGAUAGAGCACAAGGCUGUCGCGGAGUCUGCCGUAGUCAGCAGUCCACACCCAAUCAGAGGAGAGGUAGUGAAAGCGUUUGUCGUGCUGACAGAAGAGUACAAGUCUCACGACCCGGACCAGCUGGUGACAGAGUUGCAGGCACACGUGAAGAAAGUGACCGCUCCUUACAAGUACCCUCGCAAGGUUGAGUUUGUGGAGCAGUUGCCGAAGACUGUGAGUGGUAAGAUCAGACGGGUGGAGCUACGCAACAGGGAAUGGGGACGAUCCUGAGAUCAUCAAUACACACACCGGUCUUUUAAAAAAUGGGAAUAGUCUUCUAGUUAAAUCAAAACCUGUAAUGUAACAUGUAAUGACUGCUCGCUGCUACCAUAAGGGGCCAUUGAAGUCAGGUAAACAAAAUGCAAAAAUCAGAAAUCUAUGCAAAAAUCACAUUUUACUGACGCCACUUUAUUCAUUAUGUAGCUUGUUGUCGAUUGUACUUUAUAUGUGUCUUCAAGUAAAUUAUCCUUUUAAAGCAGUUAA